CUUUAGUAUCUCUAACAGGAAGAAAAGGUCAGCAGUUCGAGCGACUCGUGUUCCAACUGUUUUGUACUGAUUGAGAUACCGACUGCCCUAGAAGUGGGGACGAUCUUCUUUAUAGAUAUACAACCACCAGUAAUUUCUCGCUAAAAUGUUUCCUUCUGAAGAUAUCAUCAGUAGCACGUUUUCCUCACAGCACCCUCUAAACCAAUCCGGAAAGCAGUCGCAGCUUUCGGGAGCUGCAGGAACAAAAAGGCAGGAGCCGUUUCCAGCCUGGAGUGUGGUUGAUGAUACCAAAAGAAGGGCAGAUGCUAUUGCAAAGGAGGCGUCACGCGAAUUCAAUAUUGCAAGCCAAAAGGCUCAGGCCAAGACCGGUAAAAUUGAACCGUGGACUCCCAAGUAUUAUGCAGCCUGUACAGUCGGCGGACUUCUUGCUUGCGGCCUUACCCACACUGCUGUGACGCCACUGGAUCUCAUCAAAUGCCGACGCCAGGUUGAUCCUCAGCUUUACAAAAGCAACCUAGAGGCUUUUCGUACUAUUCGCGCCGCAGAGGGCUUCAGAGGAGUAUUUACUGGUUGGGGGCCUACCUUCUUUGGAUACAGCGCCCAAGGAGCGUUCAAGUACGGGGGCUAUGAGUUUUUCAAGAAGUUCUACAGCGACCUUGUUGGAGUGGAGAACGCAAAUCGCUGGAAGACGUCCCUGUAUCUCACAGCUAGUGCAUCUGCAGAGAUUAUUGCUGAUGUAGCACUCUGUCCUUUCGAGGCCGUAAAGGUGCGCAUGCAGACAACAAUCCCACCUGAUAUCCGCUCGACUUUCACGGGGAUUUCCAACGUCGUUUCGAAGGAAGGAGUGGCGGGACUUUACAAGGGUCUAUAUCCGCUGUGGGGUCGGCAGAUUCCGUACACCAUGAUGAAGUUUGCUUCAUUCGAAACCAUCGUGGAGAUGAUCUACAACUACCUACCGGGUCAGAAGUCUGAUUACAACAAAGGCGCACAGACUGGGGUGGCUUUCACUGGGGGCUACUUGGCUGGUAUUCUAUGCGCCGUUGUGUCCCAUCCCGCUGAUGUGAUGGUGAGUAAAUUGAACGCAAACAGGCAGCCUGGUGAAGCCUUCGGUACCGCUAUGGGUCGGAUCUACAAGGAAAUUGGCUUUGCUGGCCUGUGGAAUGGUCUUCCCGUCAGAAUUGUCAUGAUCGGAACUCUGACCGGUUUGCAAUGGAUGAUCUACGAUUCAUUCAAGAUCUUCAUGGGUCUUCCCACCACCGGUGGAGGUCCUGCCGCCGAACAGAAGAAGUAGAAGCGACAGGCGGUGCUGGGCAUAAUACACGCAGUAGGUGUUUUGUUAUCGUAGGAAUGUAGCGAGGGAGACCGUCAUUCUGGUGAUUUAUAGCAGUGUAGUGCUCAUGAAUGUGAAUGUUUAAUCGUGUUCCAAAAUCACCUGCCAAGACGGGUGUCUUAUCCACGGGACGAGUUAUCAACGAUCGUUAGUCACGGGCUGGACCAAUGGAUUGCAUCACAGCCUCGUUAUCUUAUCAUUUAUCUGCCCGAUUGAUGGGCUUGUACCGACGUCACCGAGUUAGUAUAUGUCGAUUGUAAGCCCGACGCCUGAUAAACCCCGUGUUCAAUAAACCUUUAGGGAAUCUUUCGGGACGUUCAGGGCCUAGUCCAUCUCCUGAGUCCUGAGGAACCGCAUCAGACCCUCUCGUGGUUUCUCGUUCCUAAACUUUUACCUUUGAGUUUACUUC